GGAGCCACGAUUCUUGAAUUCAGUUGAAUUCUAUACUUCAUAAAGAAAAGCAGAAACAUUUCCAGCAAUUCUCAUUUCAGAUUUUCUUCAGUAGAGAAUAAUUGUAAGAAUGGUGUUUCAUCUGUUCGUCCUUUUGAGUUUCUUCCUCAGCAGUAGCCACGGACACACUGAAUUCAUUUAUACAGUGAAGGAAGUGCAGUUGAUUUGCAGCACUAAUAAAUGGGAAAUAAGCACAGAGUCUGACAACAAAAUUGAUGUGAGUUGUACAGUGGAAUGUGUUCAUCAUGAAUCACACGUGAUAAACCUGAAUAAUAUCCAGAAAUCCUGCACAAAGUCAUAUUCAGACAAAGUUGGUGAAAACUGUCCUCUAAAAGCAAGAAGUGGAUUUUUUCGAUGUGUUUCUGCUCUGGAUUCUGGUUUCUUGUAUCCAUUCAAACCGUCUCCCAACACUGUUACAUCAUACGUAGUCGCUCACGCAAAUGAAGAAAUGACGACCAAAUCUGAGGAAAGAUCUUCAGUCGAGCUAACUGAAGGGGGAGAUGUUCUGUUAAACUGCAGUUUUCACUUUACAGCAGGAUAUGACCACCAGGGAUUUACUGUGUACUGGAUUAAGACCAUUGAAUGGAGCAGCAGCUGUGUGUAUUCUUAUGAAUUGGGCACGUAUGGUUUGACGUACAAUCACCACUGCAAUGUGCAAGAAGAUCUGCUUCACAGGCUCUCAAACCAAACUGAUAGCAAAACCAGCCAUAACAUCAGGAUCAGAAAUGUAACAGAGUCAGAUGCUGGACAAUAUCUCUGUGUCUUACACGUGCACAGACAUUACAAUAAAACAAAAGGCAACUGGAAGAUCAUAAAUAAUAUUACAGUCAGUGUAGAUAAAGACAAAGAACCUGAAAUAUCAAGAAACAACAGUGAUGAUAUCGAGUCUCUCAUCCGCUUAUGUGUUACACUGCCAAUAAUCCUGGUUGUUCCGAUGGCUGUUAUGGGGGUUUAUUUCUGUAGAAAGACUGAAACUUCACCAGAUUUUCUUUCUGACCUUGUGAUCCAGUUCAUCUCAGAUCAGUUCAGUAGGAUUGAGGUACGGUGACUGGGCAGGUCAUUUCAUAACAGAUAAACAUUCCAGACGUCUGUUUGCUCUCUAAAUAACUCUUACAGAACUCGGAUGUAUUCGUUGCUUCUGCUCUUCAUCUUGUUGUAGACACUGA